AGGACUGAUAUCCUUGGUCCUUGGAGCCAAUUAACUCUUUUUUCGUGGACCAGAUUUUCCUGGGCUCGUACGGCCGCAGUGUUUCUGCCUCUGCCAACAUGGGUUCCAGCAACCGUGACGCUCAUAUCACCGAUCACAAUACUCACAAUGAUAGCCACACGAUACUUCUUUCGACAUUCAAACAAGGAAGCGCCUCAGAACAGUCGAUGGAGCACGAUAUCCAACAUACUCAACCAGAUUCAAACUGUUAUAUUGACCAUCGUGGCCACAGUAGCACUUGCCUACCUCUUCCCGGACAGAAUUCUCUCCUGCAACCUAGAUCAACAAUGGCAGGAUUUUUUUCGUUCCAAGGAUUCGCAAGCUAUCCGCUCAAUCCAAGAUGAGUUCCGAUGCUGUGGUCUCAGAAGUAUUCAUGACAGGGCAUGGCCCUUCAAAGACCGAAACCACGGGGACAACGCGUGCGAGUUGCAGCUCGGAUAUCAAAGAAGCUGUUUUGCUCCUUGGAGAGAGCACCAGCAGCAGACAUCUUGGAUGGUAUUUGCUGCAGCCAUCUUUGUUUUGGUGGCCAAGAUCGCUUUUGCUCAGAUUCUCGCCCAGCGAACGAGUUGGAUGAGCACGCAAUCUGGCAACACGAGGCCUGAUUACCAGCGAAUCUCACACCCGGUAGUGCAGGACGAAGAGGACGGCAAUGAAGAAGGCCACGAUGAGGCGCAUAGAGCUUUCUUACCCCAAUUGAAUACCCAAAGUCGGAAUGACUGGGAA